AUGAGGUUGUCUAUUUGCUGGGUGAUUCCAUUGUUCACAUGUUUCAACUAUAUCGAAUCCAAGUCCACAAAAUUGAAUUCGUCUUUAAACGUUUGCACACAAAGUGAGAAAGCUGAGAUAAAUGCGAAGUGCACCCCUUAUGUGAACAAUUUGAUGAAUUUAACGAAUGAAUAUUCAAACAUUCAAGUUACAUCAGAGAUCGCAAAAAAUAUCAAUACAACUUGCAACAAGAUACCGACAUGUUUUGGUCAAUUCAAUUGCACGGAAGCUCAAAAAAACAAAGAAACUUACGAGAGAAAAUGCGAAAAAAUUGAAUUCACAUAUUAUGAAAUGAUGGAUUGUGUUUCGAAAAUAUACGCAUUGUAUUACCGCGGAGACUACUUCUGUAGCUUUGGCAUAAAUUUUUUGACGAAAGAUCCGGACAGUCGUCGUAAAUCAUAUGUCAGUGGAGAAGAAUGUGUUAAAGGAAUUGCUUUAAGAACAAAAUGCGACAAAAAAGCAUUGGAAUAUCUAGAUUCAUAUUACGAAAGAUUUGUGGAUAUUAUGAGUACUAAACACCACGGCCAUUCUUUGUUCCAUGAGUUGGUAUCAAAACGGUGUGAUCCUGUGAAGGACAAAAUGAAUGAAGAAAUAAUUGUUUUGAAAAGCGAAAUGAAGUCCUCAAUAGAACUGACGACUCAUGAAAAAACCACAGAAGCAUGGCGAACCUUUGAGAAGAAACGCUGGUCCAAGCCGACGUCAGUCUGUGAUGAGUUGAAGACCUGCAUGAAAAGCUCUUACUUUUCUGAAGACCGCACCAACGAAACCGUCGAACUUUGCAAUGUGAUGUAUGAAGACGUAUUCAAUCUCUGCUUAAAUGAAGUAAGAACCCGGGAAGACGCGAAAACUUUUCCGUGUUUCAUUGAUGAAAAAUUUCAUGAUCCACAGAAUAAUACAGAACUCCUAAAAAACAAGGAAUGCAUACAAUACGUCAUGACUGGCAUGUGUGGAGAUGGAAUUUUGACGAAUUUCGAUAUCAAUUGGGACAAUUAUCAAAAGAACACCAAUUCAACGGAAGGCAAUUUAAUUUAAAUAAUUUUGCAAAAUAAACAUUCUACAUUUUUGAAUACCGUAUCUUUGUAUUUAUUUAUUUUUUGAAAGUCUAGUACACUGGUAGAUUUAGACU